GGCGAGCAGUGCCAUCGAUCGGGACAGAAGCUUUAGAAUCGUGUAAUUUGCCUCGUGCGUUGUCGCUGGGCGCUCUGCUCUGCGAAACAAAUUGAGAAAUUCUCUAUUGUGUGUGUGCUACUCUAGUGUGCGUGUCGGUGGGCCGCUAUAGUCGCUAUAGUUCAAAAUUUAGUGAGCGAGCGCCGAACUAAGUGAAAGUGACCCCAAAGCAAAAAGAAGAAAGAAAUCAAAUAAAAUAAAAAAAAACAACUAAACAAAUACAAAUACAUAAACUGAAUCAAGUGAGAAAUCGCCCAAUUAAGAAACAUGUCGGACAUUGAGGAUGUUUUCGGUGCCUCCGAGGAGGAGCAGACCAAAGCCAGCUCCGAAUCUGUCCCAGAACCGGAUGCGGAGAGCAAAAGCAGUGUCGUCACGGAGAGAACCGAGGAGGUAAUACCCGGUGAGAGCGAGAAAAUGGUCACUGAGACUAUCGACGAGGAUGGCGAUGUUGUCGAGGAGACGACCGAAGUAACCCGCAAGACCGUUAAACGUACCAUGAAAAUAACUGAGACUUCGUCCACCACAAAGACAACCACGCUCACCACGCCGGCCAAGUUGUAUGGCAAGGAUUUGAGCGAAUACGAUGAUGUGGAUGUGGAGAGUCUGUUGGCGCAGCUAUCGCCCGAGGAGAUAACCAUUCUGGCCAAAGAAGUUGAUCCCGAUGAUAACUUCCUGCCGCCAGAUCAGCGUUGCAGCUACGAGUGCACCAAGGAUGCCACCGGGCCGCUGAACCGUAAACAGCUCAUUGAGCACAUCAAUAAGCAGGCCAUUGAGACGCCCGAUCAGCCGGAGUUCGAGCCGUUUGUGCAGGGUACAGUACGUGGCAAGAAGUGGGUGCCACCACCAAGGGAUGCACGUGAAAUUGAGGCGGAGGAACAGAUUGCCAUUGAUAUGGGCGAGGAGUAUGAGCAUGCACUCAAUGAUGCCACGCAGGAGGAGAUUAUCGACUUGGCUGCCAUACUCGGCUUCCACUCGAUGAUGAAUCAGGAUCAAUACCACGCCUCGCUACUCAACAAGGGCCAACCCGUUGGCUUGGGCUGGGAUGGCAUCACAAAGUCCACACAGCAGAAGCUGUUCCCCAUGGAUCCGCCCAACAGCACAGAUGUGGAGGAGUCCAUUAAGCGCGUCAAGGAUGAUGACUCCAAACUGAUUGAUUUAAAUUUGAAUAACAUUAAGAACAUAUCGGAUGAGAAACUCGAACAACUAUUUGCCGCACUGCCUCAGAAUGAACAUUUGGAAGUUCUAUCGCUGACAAACGUUGGCCUGACCGACAAGACAGCUCUCCUGCUCGCCGAAGCGAUCGAGAAAAGCAAAACCCUGAGAGUAUUAAAUGUUGAAACGAACUUUAUCAGUCCGCCCGUAAUUGUCAGGCUGGUGCAAGCCCUGCUCAAGUGUCACACCAUCGAGGAGUUCAGGGCGUCCAAUCAGCGAUCUGCGGUGCUCGGCAAUAAGAUCGAAAUGGAGAUUACCAAUUUGGUGGAGAAGAACUCGUCGCUACUGCGACUUGGAUUGCAUCUGGAGUUCAACGAUGCCCGUCAUCGUGUCGCCGCACAUCUGCAGCGCAACAUCGACAGAAUUUUCCGCGUGCAAAAACUAAAACCGAAUUUGCCCAAAUUGAUAUUGCCCAGCAACAUGGAGAUUGAACGUGAGCUGGGCAGGUCGGGUUAUGGUUCGGCCACGCCCACGCCCUCGCCAUCGCCCUCACCAUCACCGUCGCCACAGCCGCCGAUCGACUAUGAUGUGGAGGUUGAUCCCGACAACAUGGUCAUACGCGGCGGCGGCGAUGCCUACGAUCCAGAGAUCGAUCCCGAUAAUAUGGUGGUGCCGGGCAGUCGCGCCGUAACGCCCAACUACGACGACGAGGGCGUCUAUCAAGCGCACACGAAAUAAACUGCGAUGUACAUUUUUAAGUGAAACUAAAAAUCGAACAAAUAAAUACAAGCAACAACAAAUAACUGCAAUAAACAAUUAAAACUAAAUAAUAAUAAAUUUAAUUUUAACUCCACAAAAAUAAAGUAAACUUAAAACAUAAAAUGUCAAUGGAAGCAACAGAAAAUAUGUUUAUGCUCUUUUAUAAUUCAACCGAAAACCAACAACAACAACAGCAGCAAAAGCAGUGCCACUACAACAACAACAGCAACAACAACAAUGCCAAAACAAGCUACAUGAAAAUGUAGCAUACUUUUCAGCGCAAAAGAUCUAUGUGAAACAUACGUGUGAAACGCCUAAAUCAGCGUAAAUAAAAAGACACAGUCAACCAACAACAGCAACAACUACAACAACAAUCAAAUUUGUGUGUGUGUGUUUGUUUUUACUGUCCAACUUUCUACUAAUUAACAACAAACCAGCACCACGAACAACAACAACAACAACACUACUACCACCACCUGAAGAAACAACAGCAACAUGAACAACAACAACAGCAACUACUGCAACAACCAUUCUAUGUGUUCAGCUCAACAACUACAACACCAGCCAUGUGAUUUUUCCCCUCCUUUGUUAAACAACAACAUCAACAACAACCACCACACCACCGCCCUAUGUGUAAUUGCAACAACAACAAGUACAAGUACAAAUAGAACCCAGACCUACACCCACCUACAACCAGCCGCCAACUAACACCGAAGAAUGAUGUUAACAUGCAUUGGUCGUCAGCGUCGCAUGGGUCAUCUGAGCAGGAAUUACACCAUUGGCGUUUGGCAAUAGGCGCUGAGACGUUUUGGAGCAUCUGGGCAGAUUAUUAUCAUAUACUUAUCUAUGUAUACAUCAUAUACAUGCUUAUAUGAACUAGUUUAACUGUCAACGUUGUUGUUGUUGCCGCCCACUCAGCUGGUUGCUCAUCUUUUGUUCAAUGUUUGUUGCGUUCGAUCAUUUAAUUUAAUUUAUUUUUACCAAUUUUUUUGGCCACAUAUUUUUGGGUCUUGUGUUCGGUUAUCAUAUGCCUAAUCAUUUGUUUGUUAUUCGAGUUAUGCAAAUGUUUGUUGUCUUACACACACACACACAUACAUACACAGACAAACACUUGAAAUUAAAUGAAUGUUAUCUAGAUACGAUAUGAACAAUUGGCAUUUGUAAAAUUCUGCAAUAACCAAAAAAAAAAAAAACGAAACAAAGAAAAAACUGAAGCCGCUUUUAUUGUGUCGAGUUGUAACCUUAAAAAA